AUGGUAGUGUUGCCUGAAAACUGGAGACCUAUUGACUUUCAUCCAUCAAAUCAGAAAAAGAUCAUAGAGGAGAUAACACAUUUUAAAAUAGCCAACCCAGAGGUUCACCAGUUGCACAUUCUUGUGCACGGACCAAUUGCUGCGGGAAAGUCCAGUUUCAUCAACUCCAUUGCAAGUAUUUUUAAGGGUCGCAUGGCUGAAUCAUCCUUGGUUGAUGCUAGUGGCGCUGGCCACAGCUUCACCAAGAAGUUCAUCACAAAAAAAAUCAGAGAUAAAGACGGAAACGUCCUACCAUUUGUGAUGAGUGACAUCAUGGGAUUGGAGGAUGAAGAGGCGGAUGGGGCUCGUACUGAGGACCUUGUGAUGGCUCUGAAGGGUCACCUCAAAGAUGGAUACUGUUUUAACCCUGUAGCCUCUCUGAAAAAAGAAGACCCGUUCUACAACAGUUGCCCGACCCUAAAUGACAAAGUCCACUGCCUCGUCAGCCUCCUACCUGGAGACAAAAUUGGCCUAAUGAAACCUGCAGGGGUUCAAUCUGUCCUACGAAAACUCAUAGAAAUCAGAAAGGAAGCCUCUGCAAUGGGAAUCCCUCAAGUUCUUGUCAUGACAAUGGUAGAUAAUAUCUGUCCUGAAGUCCGCAAAGACCUGAAGAUGAUCUACAAGAGCAAGAGGAUCAAAGAAAAGAUGCAGGAGUGCACCAACAGUCUGGGUGUCCCCAUGAAGCGUGUCUUCCCAGUGAAGAACUACCAUGAGGAGAUUGAGAUGGAUAACAAUGUCGACACCCUGGUUCUCUCUGCUCUCAAAAACAUCCUCCACUUUGCCAACGAUCAUGUGCAAGAACUGGAUGACUGAAACUGUUAAACAGAUCACCUAACAGUUUCUUUACAGCUCAGAUCACAUGAAAAACAAAUGUUUUUUGGGAUUUUUUUUGUUUGUUUUUUAACAUAUACAGUAGAAUGAUGUUUUUGUUAGAUUAUUUUUUGCUGGGUAACAUUAUCAAUAUCAAGACUGGCUAUAUAAUGCUAAUAAUAAUACAGAAUGAUUGAUGAAAAAAAUAGUUAUUAUUACAGUAAAGAACAUCACUGCCAUAACUAAAAACAUGAAUUGGUGUAAUUUGUGUUUGUGUCUGGUCUCGAUCUAUGAUGAAUGUUGAAGCUGACUUAAAUUAUUAAGUUUGCCAGACCAACUGCCACUGAUUGACUGACUGAUCUGUACUGAAAUAAAGGUGGUGGGCUGAAAUAUUACUCUCUCAAAUUAUGUUAUGCUAAUUGUUUAGGGGCUGGACAGCUGAAAUCAUCACAUGACGGUGAUAAUUUAGUUCAGUUUUUAGUUUAGUAGAGUCCGUAUAUGUCUCUGUAGUUUUUCGGUCCCCCCCGAAAGUUUUUGUUUAAAAGUUUGAUCCAUUUAGUUUUUGUAGUCAGUCUUUGUUGUAUAAAACCCAUAAACCAAGACCUUGUUUUGGUGCUGCAUUUGGGCUCAUUCUUCGAAAACCUCACAACGCUUCGUCUAGAUUAGUGUUUCUCAACAGGGGCUGUGCUGCCCCCCAGGUGGCAUUAGGGAGUCCUCAGGUGGCAUUGAGACUCUCUCAAUGAGAGGGAGACAACUGAGAAGGGGUGAUGGUAGAUUUAAAGUAUGGGAGGGUGUAAAUAUUUAAACUGACAAAUAUAUUUACUCAUCUACACAUCUAACACCACACUUAUAACAAAGGCAAUGCCUUAAGAGUUUAAAAUAACACAUGGAGCAUAGGGCAUAACGAAAUAUGACUCGAAUUUGCAAACAUUUGUCUUUGAUAGCUUACCACAGAGGCAAGAAAAACCUGUUUUUUUUUAUCUUAACAUUAACAAAUAAAAAUUUUAAUCAGAUCAUGAUCAGCCUAGGCAAAAAAAAAUCUGGGAACCUAUUCUUCAUUUACCAUCCUGUUUGAAAAUGAGAAAAUCAC